AUCAACGUCGAAAAAAAAAUUCGACAACGAUAGUUACUUAGGCAGACAUAGCAAGUACAUCAACAAAAACAGCAGCAUCUGAAACAUCGCCUGAAGCUAUGUCUUGUGCGCAUAAACAUUUUGCAUCAUAACAACGGAGAGUACGAACUGUGAUAACAUUUUCGUUUGUCGCCAUCAGCCGGCGCAUUACUGAAUGCAACGAAGAAAAGCGCCCUUCAACUUUCGAGACCAGUGAAUUGUGAUUAUCUGAAAUGUUUGUUUAUGCUAGUAUGAAUGAAAGUUAAAACUUCCCUAGUGCCGAGUAGCGUUGUGGUGUAACCGAAUCAUUAGUACAAACAAUUCGCGAAAUUAUCCGUUACCCAGGAGGGGUAGUAAUCUGAAUAGUGUUUUCGAAACAAAACGGAAACCUGGAAAUAGUGGUGUCUAUAGGAUUCCCUUCCACGGGGAGGUGGGUGGAGGAGGGUCAUUGAGCAGCAGCAGAUGUCGACCAUGUCGGGUGACAGUGGCAAGUGUCAGGUGUACAUUUAUUUGGAUGAAAAAUUUAUAGACCUACCGCUGGACGAGGAAGAUACAUGCGAGGAUUUGUGCACCGAACUUUGCAAACGGUACAAUAUUGGGCCGGUCGUUCAGCUGCUGGUAGGUCUCCGGAUACACGAGGAGCGAUGGUUUCUGGCACCCUGCGCCAAACCUCAGCCCGGCAAGAAAUACGAGUUCCGGGUGCGAUUUAAGAUCCCGAAGCUGUCGAAUCUGAAAAAGCUGAACCAUGGCUUGUUCAACUACUACUACUACCAGCUGCGGCAUGAUUUGCUGCAGAGCAAGAUCCCGGAGAUGGAGUACGACGAGUACAAGAACAAGAUCCUCGGUUACGUGGUCAACGAUAUGUACCGGAAGAUGGUGGAAUCGAACGUGAGCGUCAGUGAGCUGAAACGGACCUAUGAGGACUAUAUGCCCCGAAAGAUCAACAAGGAACAUACGCUGCUGAUCUUCAAUUGGGCCCGAUCUAAGGUGUUCAACUCGCUCAAUAAGAUCUGCCAUGUAACGCACGAUGCUGACUACGUUAAAAGCGUCUACAUCAACGAUAUCGACAACAUUGCGCCCGGGUACCUGUACGAGGAGUACAACGGAAGCAUCCCGUAUCCUCGGGAGGAUGGGCUGCUUAAGCCGGGCAAAUGUCGGGUCAAAAUUCGCUUCGUACCGUACGUUUCCCGGAGCAGCACCAAACGGGACAAGGCCUCGUCCAAGACCGCCGCCAUCCAGAAGGACGAACUAGAGCUGCCAGGACUGAAAGUUUUCUAUUCGCAGGAGUGGCGACACAUAGCGAAUAUCGAUGAAAUUUUUACUAUACUAGUAGAAAACCUUACGGUGAACAUUUCACUCAAAGAUCAGCCGAAUCUAUACUCGAUAGACUUCAACAGUCAGACUGAACUCGAUUCGUUUGUAACUUGUUUAUGUGGUUAUUAUAGAUUAAUGUGUAAGUGGACUGUCUAUCUGUGUAAACCAUAUCUGUGGUCUCCCUCGCUUAAUCGACUAACUGAGCUCAAAUGUCACGGUCCCAUCGGCGGCCAGUUCUCAUACAACAAAUUAAAGGAGAAAAAUAGUAGCAUCGGUGCCAACAUUGUACGGCAGUGUGAAACGAACUACGACACGUACUUUGUGGACAUUCUGGAACAAACUUGCUUCAAGACUUAUAAGCUCACCUAUAGCGAUCACCGAUGGCAUGUCUACGGAGACGGCGAUCAGGUCAGCGUGUACGACGAGCUGGUAGACGUCCUAAGGAAUCUCAAUCCGGAAAUCCAGCAUCUGUACCGGUUGUCCCCGACGGAGCACGACAAAGCACCGGCCCUUUUGCUGUGUUCGACGCAAAGCGACAUGGUCACCAAACCUGCCCUGCACGAUGUCAACGAGAUGCGCUCGGCUGGACCGCAGAUCAUCAAUCCGCUUACGGACUUGGCCAUCAGCAGAAAUAAACUUAAAGGUGAUGAUUAUUUUGAUAGAGCCAGAGCUGAGUUGAGGGUCAAGCCGAAUUCCAGUGUCAAGGUUAUGAUACUAUCAUUGAAGAACAAUCGAAGUGCGUUGCUAUCGGAGUUCUUGCAACUGGCUAGUUUUUGGGCCAGUAUAGAUUCGGUCGAUAUUAUCAAACUUUAUGGCGUUACGCUCUCUAAACCAGUAUCGAUGGUCCUUGAGAGCUCUCUCGAAGAUCCGUUGGAUGUUUUUCUACGGAAGCGCAAGCACGUUUCAUUAGCCUCACUCAUAGAGGUGGGUCAUUCACUGACACGUGCUCUCUACUACCUGCAAGAGAACAAAUUCGUUCACGGACGAAUCCGAUGUUCGUCCAUGUUCGUUACGAAAUAUGAUCGCAACGAGGGUACUUUGGUGGCCAAACUAGGUGACCCGGGUCUGGUACAUCAAUAUAUUUAUACUGAGCAAGAUUUGCUCUGGAUACCUAUCGAGUACCACAAAUUAACUCCUAGGGAUGUGCAAUUGAUGAAGACGGAUCUAAAAACGGACGCCUGGGCUUGUUCGACUGCGUUAUGGGAGAUUUUCAGCCGAGGCAAACGUGCAAAUAUUAGGAACCCGAAACAGUUCAUACAGGAUGGCCUUCGUCUGAAAGUGCCUACGGAGCUGGAGGAUAUUAGAGAACUGUACGAAUGCAUGUGGAAUGGUUGGUUGGUCGAUCCCGAUAAGAGAAUUUCUCCGCAAAUUAUGAUUUCAAAAUUGGUGCAAGCAAGACAAAAAAUCAACUACUGUGAAAUUGGGCCUAGUCGACUGAAUGGAACAGCGCGUUCAGCAAAUGGAUCUUGCUCUCAGAGAAGCAUCUUAUCAAUCGAAACCGAUUCCACUUUCCUGCACUCCCGAACGGACGUUUCCGGUUCCUCCUACGUGAGCAAUGGCAGUGAUCUGGACGGUGCUAGUAACGCAUCCAGUGAGUGCAGCUCUCAGCCGCUGAUCUCGAACGGUGGCUCUAGUCAGUACAGUGGUGGAUCGGACGACGGAAUGAACCAGGAUCAAGCAAACGCGUUCUUCUACGACUGUCCCGAUUACAUUGAGUUGCCUGACGGAGCGAAGAUCAUAUUCCAAGGCGAAAUCGGUCAAGGUUACUACGGGAGAGUUUUCAAGGGAUGCAUCGAUUAUGGCAACGAUACCGCUAUGCGUAAGGUGGCACUCAAAACCAUUCACAACAAUGCCUCCAACAUGAUGCAAACGAUUCUGGACUUCAAAAGAGAGGUUGCGAUAAUGCAGAAGUUGAACCACGAAAACAUUGUUCAGUUUAAUAAGUUCAUCGAUGAACGGGAUAAGCUUGUCGUUGUUAUGGAGUAUAUGGAAAAUGGAUCGUUGUUGGAUUUCUUAGGCUAUAACAGGCAUCGAUUAACUAAGCAGGAUUUGCUUCGAUUUGCUAAAGACAUCGCCAAUGGAAUGCAUCACCUAUUCGAAAUGAAAAUCAUUCACAGAGAUUUAGCGGCUCGAAACAUUUUGGUGCAAAGCAUAGACUGUGUAAAAAUAUCAGACUUUGGUCUAGCACAAGUUACAGAUUCCGAUAACUACUAUCGUGAAAGGACUAAUAGAGUUUUACCAGUCAGGUGGUACGCUCCUGAAACAUUAGAGAAUUUCAAGUACUCUCACCAAUCGGAUGUUUGGUCGUACGGCGUAACAUUGUACGAGAUGUUUACUUACGGAGAAAAUCCGUAUUCUGAUGUGGACAUCACAAGUAGAGUACAAAUGUUCAGAGUACUGGAAAGCGGAACAAGACUCGAACUUCAAGGUGAACCGAACAGGGACGUUCAGGAACAGAUGAUGGUACCAUGUUUCCACUGGCAGGCAAAACAACGACCCUCAUUUGAACAGCUGUUGCAUAUUAUUGAAGUGUUGAUAAACCAGGAAGGCGAGCUGAUAAGGCCGCUUUAAAUUAUUUUUAACUAAACUGACACGCAUAAAGCAGCCAAUUCAAUCUCGAAUGAUUCCUAAUAGCACGGUUUCGCAAAAGUUAUGCCAAUUUGUUGCAAACAACACGUUGCAUCGCAUUAUUUUACAUACAUAGACUAAUUCCAAUUAUACACUUAGCACUUUAAAUAGUCGAAAAAGAUCGCUGUUUUGAUGAAUACGUACUAUUAUAUAGGUAAAACUUAUGGUGAAAGAUGCACUAUUUUAUGCACGCAAUUUUGCAUUUGGUAAGAGUUUAUGUUUUAAUAACUUGCAACACUCUCACCUUAUUGUUGUCAAUCCUUAAUGUACAUAAGUGUAGCUUGAAAACUGAUACUAAAAAAAUGAAAACAAAUGAACGAAACAUCCGUGCCCGUUUUGAAACUGUGGAUAUGUGUCUUAUUGGUAGUUAUUAAAUGAAAAAAAAAUUAAAUAAAAAAACCCUUAGUCAAAACUUAUGCUCUCCAUAAUUCAACUAAGAAAUCAUUCGGAUGCAAACGUACGAAACAUCCGUUAAGUAGAAAAAUUCAAUUCGCCCGUCGUCGACAGAAAUUAAAAAAAAGUCUAUUCUCAAAGUGCCACAUAGCUGAGAUGCUUCUUUAGGUUAACUUUCAUAGUUUUGUUUAUAUCUUAGAUUAGAUUUAGCCUAACGUUUUCGGUAACGACUCGUUCUGAUUGAAAGUGACUUCGAAAAAUUCUCAUACGUUUAGUGUUGUAAAAUAUGAUGUUUUUGGUGACUUAUUUAAGCCAUAUUUUUAAAACAGAGUGCUUAGUUGUUAUGCAAAUACUUAAAAAUUAUUUUACACCAUGAAGUUGUAUUACACAUAAAGUAGAUCAGAAAGAGGAUAGGACCGUUUAUUUUAUUUUCCUAGAUUAAGGCCGACUAGAACCUGAAUCAGAUUCGAACACGAUAUACAGAACUUAUGGAACGAUAAAUUAGGAGCCUAUAAAGGUGAGAUAUAUUUUUAUUUUAUACAAAUCGAAUUAGGAAAGAUACAUCGAAUCCUAGAUGGGACGUGUGUUUAAAAGUUAUUCUCUGUAUUGCCGCUUAAAAAACAACAUAGUGAUACAACAUGUCUAUGAGAAAUCCUUUUUGGAAAAAUAAAUAAUAUGAAUGUA